AGUUGAAAAUUCAACUAUAUUAAACGCUUCCCGUAACCACUCUGAUGAUAGUAGAAAUUUCGAAGAUGAAUCCUUUAUACCGGAAACACAAAUGCCCAAUGCGACACAGCAAGGUAGUGGAAAUGAAAUUGAUUUAUUAUUAGAACCUAAUUUGCAAAAAUCGAGUGAAAUGAUUCGCAUAUGUACACAAGACUUCAAUGAAAAUUUAUUUGAAAACGGCGAAGAUGAUAUGAUGUUUUCGUCUAUAGUCAUACCAAAUAUUAAACACAAUCCUGUGGUUUUAACGCAUUCGUUCAGCAAUGAAAACGUGAAUAAAAAAGUAUUCCUAGAUGCCUCCAAGCCUAUGGGCUGCGAUGCGGAAAUGGAGGCACUAAACUGGUCGGCGCACACAUCAAAGAAUUGCUCUACGGAUGGGACCGCUGAAUGUGCAGAGCGAGAUGAUGUUUGCACACCAGAUCUUUUUGAUAUACCUGAAUUGGCGCAAAUGAAUAUGCAAGUUGCCACUGACGGAACGAAUGUUAGCCAAGAAGCAAAAGACAAAGCUGUGGCACAAAAAACCGUGACUGCAAAUAAAACGAUGCCAUCAACUGAAGGAACGAAUAUAAAUUUAGAAGUAAAAAAUAAAGUUGACGUACAAGAGAGUGUAUCUUCAAAAAACGACCCGUCGUCAGAUCAUCCAGCUUUACCAAUCAGCGACGGCAUCACCGGAGGUGACGGAUAUGCGGAGGAAAUUGAACUAAUGCCAACACAGGUAUUCGUACCUAUUGCUAAGCAAAAUGGAUCUCGGUUGGAGGAGCAUGUUACUUGCGCUGAAUUAUCGUUAAGCGGCAAAGAAAAUAUUCCACAAACAGAUUUUAGCCUGGAGCAAACCCAGAUUUUUGCACCCAUCAAAGCACCAACAACUGAACCAUCUGAUAGAGAUAUAAAUUUGCUUGCCGCCACUCAAAUAUUUACAAGUAACUUCAUGCGGCAAUCUAAAGUAUUAGAGCAAGGAAAACUAAUUGGUGCAGAGCGAAGAUCAGAUAAUUGCAAUUCAGCUUCUUUGGAUACCAACCAAGCACCAACAACUGAACCAUGUGAUAGAAAUAUAAAUUUGCUUGCCGCCACUCAAAUAUUUACAAGUACCUCCGUGCGGCAAUCUGAAGUAUUAGAGCAAGGAGAACUCAUGAGUGGAUCAAAUAUAUCUACGCCGCAAGAAAAGCCAAAUUGUACUGUAUUUCCAUCAGUUGAAGGAAGGAUUGAAGGGCCAAAAAGUGUUACGAGUUCCUUCGAGGAUAAAAAUAACACUUCUCAAAAGUCUGAAUUUGCAUCGACCAAUAUUAUUGAAAAGAAGCGGGGUCAUUUUAAAAAACCAAAACAAAGUAAAAGUUCCUCAAGCAAGGGAGCAAAAGAUAAACAUUCCAGUAUAAGUAGUUCACAAUCAGAAUUGGACGAUCUCCAAUUAUGCACGCCUAAAUGGAUUACUGAUAAUUUUGAUGAUCUUUCAGUGGAACGAAAUGUGGCUUCGGUAAAAAAACGUAUGUUAUUCGGGUCUGAUUCAGAGGAAGAAUCUGUUGAGUUAAACAAAUUAACAACUAAAAAAGAUUCUAAAGAUUUCGAUAGACUGCUAUCCAAUAUUAAAGAAACAAAAGCUCCAGUGAAAUUAAUUAAAUCGAAGACUUUGUUGGAUAAGCAAGAAGACGCUACUGAAGUGUGUACAGCACACAACCUAAAGGCAACAAAUAGCGGUCGAAAUAGUAACAUGGUAAUUGAAACCGUCCGACCCAUAAAAAAAGAAGAGAAUACUCCGAAAAAAGCUAUUCAACCCGAAAAAGAAGGAAGUGGUACAUCAAAGAACAAUUUACCAGAACCAAAAAAAACAGCCCUUGAAAUAGACGUUGAGUCAAGAGCCCGCGAUAAAAUUGGAAAAGAUAGUGAGCAUAAAGGCACAAAAAGGCCAAAGCUGGUAGGUUCACUUAAGGAUGCAGAAACAUCCGGAACAGAUGUACCUCCCAAAAGGAAGACCCGCUUACGAUCAAGAGCUAGUGACCUGGAGGUUGAUAAGCCAAGUAACUCGUCAGGACCUACCCAAUCAAAACUGCGGAAAGUUGAGCAAACUGAUGCACCAGAAAACAAAAAGCGUGUUACUCGGUCUCGCUCUAAAACAGAAUCUCAAGAAAGCAUUGUUUCAACGAAGUCAACAGGGUCUUCACGGGACACAAGGAAACGGAAGAAUUCGCGGAACGAGCACACAGAGUCAAAAAUUAAUUCUUCCGCUGAUAAAACUAUAACUGAAGCUUCAAAACAUACUAAAGCAAAUGAGAGAAAAGAGACGCGCUCUACAACAUCUGCUUCAGAUCAUAGUCACAAACGUAACACGAUUGUGUCAUCAGAUGAUGAACCCAAAAACUCGAAGCGUACCGCUCGAACCUUACAAGUCGCUAUGACCAUGGUUGAACCGAAAUUAUUUCAAAGUUUAGUGGACAAUUCGCCAGGCAACUGGUGCGUCGCGAAUAAUCCCACGGAUGCAGACGUUUUGGUGAUGGAUAAAGGAAAUCGGACACUAAAAUUUUUAAUCGCCAUGGCAAAAGGUAUACCGAUUGUUACAUCCAAGUGGUUGGAAACAUUCAACAGUACCAAAACUGUGCCACGCGGCGCUACCCAUUUCUUCAGAGAUCAAGAAUUUGAAAAACGGCAUAAAUUUUCAUUAUUCAAAUCAUUGGAAUUGGCAAGAAAGAGUAAAAUUUUUGAAGGAUACGAUUUCCUUACCACACCUGGCAUUUUGCCACAGCCGGCAGAAAUAAAACAAAUUAUUGAAUGCGCUGGGGGUAAAGUGCAUACUGACCCACCGGGACUUAAACCAAAUCAAAAAAUUUAUCUAAUAUCGACGGUAAACGAUAAAAAACACUGGCACAAAUAUCGACGAAGCAACAGUAAUAUUCGCAUAAUUAACAGCGAAGGUGUAAUGGCAUCUGUUAUGCGUCAAAAUACUCAACCAUUAGAUUCAAACAUUUUUGCAUAAAAAUGUUAACUAUUUGGUGCCUCUGAGAACGUAAAAUUUUCCAGUAUUUUGAAGGCUAUUGCAUACUCAAAAAUAUAACCAGUGCUAAGGCGUUGUCUUGUAUUUUAAGCGUUUUACUUUAAAUCUUUCGUUUUAAGUUGGUGUAAAAAUAUAACCUAAAUUUAAGUCGCCAUUUGUUGAAGCUUCACGACAUAUUUAAUUAAUUUUAGUAAAAACGUCUUUAAAUUUUUAGUAUACUGUUAUUUACAUGUACAUAUUUGUGGGCUGACUACUUGAAUGUUAAAUCGUACAUACACAAAAAGUAAAGCCGUUAAUGCUCGUCUAUAUUUGUUUCAUGUUUGUUUUCAAUAAAAAAAAAAAACUUAAGUACUUGGUUUAAGUAUUCUCAAUAGUAAUUAUUUUUAUUAUAUGUACGUCUACAAGAAAAUUGCAUUUUUGUUUUAUCAAUAAACGAUGAACGCGUUACAGGAA